AUGAAGACCACUCAAUUACUCUCCCUCACUGCUGUUAUUAUCUCUUUCAACGCCCUUAAAGUCCUCGCCGAAGGAACUUUUGAUUACGAGACUUGUGCUGCAUCUUGCACCACCACUUACUCGUAUAUCUACUAUGGGAAUUACUGUCUUUGCUCAGACAGUUAUCCCACCUACAGUAAUCGAGCACCUUAUGGCUCCGAUACCUGUAUCUCCAACUACGACGCGGCAAGUUACGUCAAGAGUACUACAUUCGAUUUCGCCAAUUGUGCUACGGCCGGAUCAGUCUUCUUCGAUGGACAAGAGAAUACCCAAUAUACAGCAACAACCGAUAUCGUCAGCUGUUUCAAUCAAUGUAAGAACUCAAGGUAUGCAGCUCUAGCCUAUGAUAGCACCCAAAGUUCAUACGUUUGCGCUUGUGGGAAUGAACUUUCAACUCAAACCUCUGGACAGUGCACUACAACAUCCACAUUGGUCUACACUCAUCCUGCAGAAGCUGCUGCUUCAGGACUGGCCCGACGAAAUGCAAGAGAAGCAUUAAGAAGAUCAAGACAAGCUGCUCUCAUCCAGACUUGUCCUAAAGGUAUGACAGCUUGUAUCAUUCCCGGAUUAGAAGGAGCGGAUGCGUGGGAGUGUGUCGAUACUCAGAAUGAUCUCGAAUCAUGCGGUGGAUGUUUGUACGGUACCUACAACAAUGCCACAAACAUUAUCGGUCCAUCAUGCCAAAAUCAACACGGUGUCAAAUUAGGAGGGACCACCUGUCAAGCCGGUAAAUGUGUGAAUUAUGAUUGUUUGACAGGAUAUUGA